GGAGAGCCAGGGAUACUAGGCAGCUCCCCCGCGCCAUGGGGGGUGAGGGGGAUUCCCCUCCCAGCUGCUAGUGGGGAUUUUUUUCUCCUAGAAAUGGUCAAAAAACGCAUGGGGGUGCGUUGGCUGGCGAACAACCCCUCAGGGCUCAGAAGCUAUAAGGCAAAUCUGCACAGGCAGCCCCCACUCUUCUGUGCAACCCCGCUUAUUAUUAGAUUAAAAAUUAAAAAAAAAGACCGAUUCCUGAUUUUGGGGUCUGUUUCCUGAGUGUUUGGGGCUGCCCAGGGCCCUGGUCUGAUUUCCGGGCAGGAUUCAGAUCUUGGCCACACCGAUGUGAAACUGGAGUCACUGCUGACGCUGGCAGGGGGUGAGUGCGGAUAGGCCAAUGGGAUCAGCCUCUGCCUGCCUGUCCCUGGGGGCUGCAGGGGCGGGAUCGGGAGGCUCAGGCAUUAGCUGUUGCAACCAGAGGGCUCCGGUUCUGGCUAAGGGAGGAGGAGGGUGGAUCGGUCCGUCUGUCUGUCCGUCCCUGUUAUUACAGCCCUGGGGUUGAGUUCCCUGGGUCAGAAGCUGCUGCCUCCUCCAUUUUCAGCUGCGAGCCCAGACUGAGCAGCAGAGUCAGUGCCUGGGAGAGAUCUUCAUUAAAGCCCCUCUGUGCCCAGUCCAGGUGGGCACUUUCAGCAGUAGCUGGAACCAGCUCCUGGGGCAGCCCCAGGCUCUGCUGACACCAGCCCCUGAGCCGGAGCUGGCAGGUGAGGAGAGAGACCAGGGGGUAAGGGGUGGUCCUGGGCAGGAAAGUGAGUCUGCACAAAGGGCCCCUUUCAGGAACCUGCUGGUGAGUUUUGUACUGGAUAGGAGUGGGGUAUGUGGGGGUUGCGGGGGGAGCUCUCCAUGUGUCUGUGAGUCCCAAAACUGCUGCCCUCAGUGACACAGUGAGAUUCAAACCCCAGUUAGUUGUUCCAGGAGCAGAUCUGUCUACCGGAGAGCAAACACCCAUGUAAAUGGGGCAGUCACUAGUUCUCCCAGGCAGUGGGGAGGGAAAGAGGGAAGGGGACAGAAAGAGAGAGUGGAGGGACUGAAAGGGGCAGCAGGAGCAGGAAUUGGGGAGGGAGGUUCCCAGCUCCUAGACCUGUACAGAUCCAUUCCCUGCUUCACCCCUGGGCAGAGUGACACUCCUGGGAACAUGGUGAGAGAGAGAGAGGAAAAGCCAGUUCAUCUCUCUUGAAUCACUGGGCUGCUCGGAGAGUGAGGGGACAUGCUGCCUUUGGGGACAGUGUCACCGGGAAUCUCCCUAAGAGGCUCCUUUGAUUCUGCUCUUUUUCCAGCAUUGGGCUCAGACACUCUGUUACAGAGAGAGUUUAAAAGUGCCCCAGUGAGUUUAGUUCUGCUGAGAUGGGCCUGGCCUGGCCUGGCCUGGCCUGGCUGGUAAUAAAUUAACUGGGUUUCUUCCCAGCGUGGCAGAGUCCAGAGCAUCUGUCUGCAGGGAGAGAGCCUGGGGGUAAUCAGGGUGUGACAUGGUCUCAAGCCCCUUUGGACUCCCCCUCCCGAAUUGCUCAUCUCACCCUGGCAGGCUGAGGAAUCACAUCCACGUUUGUCUCCAGAUGGUCCCAUCUUCCAGGGGACAGGGAAGGGAAAUGGCUGUGAUGGAGCCAGCUCAGAUACUGGUGACCUUCGAGGAGGUGGCUGUGUAUUUCACACAGGGGCAGGGGGCUCUGCUGGAUCCCGCUCAGAGAGCUCUCUACAGGGACGUCAUGGAAGAGAAUUACGAGACAGUGACCUCGCUGGGAUUCUCCAGUCCCAAACCGGACCUGAUCGCCCGGCUGGAACGAGGGGAAGAGCCGUGGGUCCUGGAUCUCCAGGCCACUAAGGAAAGAGAGAGCCCAAGAGGCACCCACACAGGUGAUAGGACAGUGAGUGAGAACAAGGAGGAGAAUCAGCAGGAGGAAGGUUCUGGGAAAGUGGAAUCGCAGGAGAUGGCUUUGAGAAGAGCUGAAGGAAAUUUUUCCCAGUGCUUGGAACAGGGAAAUGCCUGGGGAGAUCAACACAGAUCAGAGAUGCAGCUGGAAAACUAUCCCAGGAAGAAAAUAGAUGAAUCUAUUGAACGUGGCGGAGGAUGCAAGGAUCCCAAGGAAACUACAAUCCAGCAGACAAGUCACAGUGAAGAGAAACCCUACAAAUGCCUUGAGUGUGGGAAAAGAUUCCGUUUCAGUGCAAACCUUAUUAGCCAUGGGAGAACCCACACAGGAGAGAAGCCCUAUAAAUGCGUAGACUGUGGGAAAAGCUUCAGUGAGAAGCCAUGUCUUAUUAUACACCAGAGUCUGCACACAGGAGAGAGACCCUAUAAAUGCUUUGAGUGUGGGAAAAGUUUCCGUUUGAAAUCAACCCUUUAUACACAUCAGAAAACCCACACAGGAGAGAAACCCCAUAAAUGCCUGGAGUGUGGGAAAACUUUCAGUUUCAAAUCUACUCUUAUUACACAUCAGAAAACCCACACAGGAGAGAAACCCUAUAAAUGCCUGGACUGUGGGAAAACUUUCAGUCGGCGCUCACACCUUACUCUACAUGGGCGAAUCCACACGGGAGAGAGACCCUAUAAAUGUCUCGAGUGUGGGAAAAGUUUCAGUGUGAAAUCAACCCUUCAUACACAUCAGAAAACCCAUACAGGAGAGAAACCCCAUAAAUGCCUAGACUGUGGGAAAACUUUCAGUCGGCGGUCACACCUUACUCUACAUGGGCGAAUCCACACGGGAGAGAGACCCUAUAAAUGCCUCGAAUGUGGGAAAAGUUUCAGUUUGAAAUCAACCCUUAAUACACAUCAGAAAACCCACACAGGAGAGAGACCCCAUAAAUGUUUGGACUGCGGGAAAAGCUUCAGUCAGCACUCACAUCUUACUAAUCAUAGGAAAAUCCACACUGCAGAGAGACCAUAUAAAUGCCUUAAGUGUGGGAAAAGCUUCAUUCAGCACUCAAACUUUAUUAGACAUCCAUGUCUGAAGACAAGAGAGAGACGCCAUAAAUGCCUUCAGUGUGAGAGAGUUUUUAUUACUGCAUCACAGCUUGUUAGACAUGAGAGAACCCACACGGGAGAGAAACUGCAUAAAUGCUUGGAUUGUGGGAAAACUUUCGGUCAGAUCUCAUAUUUUAUUAAACAUAGGAGAAUCCACACAGGAGAGAGACCUUAUAAAUGCCUUGAGUGUGGGAAAAGUUUUAUGGAAAGUUCAUCCCUUAUGAAACAUGGACGAAUUCACACAGGAGAAAGACCGUAUAAAUGCCUCGAGUGUGGGAAAAGUUUUAUGGAGAGUUCAUACCUUACAAAACAUGGGAAAAUACACACUGGAGAAAGGCCCUAUAAAUGCCUCAACUGUGGGAAAGGUUUUAUCACAAACUCAGCGCUUACUAACCAUAGGAGAAUUCACACGGGAGAAAGACCCUAUAAAUGCCUCGACUGUGGGAAAAGUUUUAUGGAAAGUUCAUCCCUUACUAAACAUGGGAGAGUCCACACAGGAGAAAGACCCUAUAAAUGUGUUGAGUGUGGGAAAAGUUUCAGUUUGAAAUCAACCCUUAAUACACAUCAGAAAACCCAUACGGGAGAGAAACCCCAUAAAUGUCUGGACUGUGGGAAAACUUUCAGUCGGCGCUCACACCUUACUCUACAUGGAAGAAUCCACACGAGGGAGAGACCUUAUAAAUGCCUUGACUGUGGGAAAAGCUUCAGUAAGAGCUCAGAGCUCACCAAACAUCAGAAAUCUGCAAGGGAGAGAGACCCUAUAAAUAGCUUGUCUGCAGGAAAAGAUUCAGUUUUACUUCACACUUCAGUGACCCGCACAGCAGAGAGACCUUGAACGUCUGGGAAGGUUCAUUUGGUGCUCCUGGAGUAUCAGCAUCUGCAAAUCCACACAGCAAAGAAACCUCUGAGAUUUUCUCAGUGUGGAAAAUGCUCCAAAUGGCGCUAACACCAUAUUGGACAUCAGAGACUCCUCCACACAGCAGGGAAAUUCUCUCAAGGCCCUGACUAGGGCCGGCCAUGGUGACAAACCCAUUUCCUCGUUCCCUCACACAUCAGGGGUGUUUGGCUCCCAAGGAUCCACCUGCCCAUCGCUGGGGUGAGGAUCCAGCUGCAACCAGUCAGUGAACAUCUGGCUCUGCCUGGUCUAUGCAAACCCCAGGCAGAGGAGAAGCCCCCAUCAGCCCCUCUUCCCUGGCUGCUGAGCUGAUGGGUCACAGGCGGUGGAAGGGGGAGAGAGAGAGAGAGAGAAACUCUUCCAGCUGGUCCCUCUGCAUGGCUGAAGUCCCCCCCCCUUCUCCUUCCAGCUGGGAUCCCCUUGCCAUGGAGAUGAGAAGAAGGACACUUGGCCCAGGCCCGACCUUCACUCUAGACACCUGUCCCCACCCCCUAUCUUCCAUGACCCCUGGGCUGGGCUCCCCCACUGACCUGGAGCUGUUCCCUGGAAGGGGAGUGUCCCUGGGGCUGAUAACUCCUCCUCUCCCUGAAUCCCCCAGGGUGCUGGGCUCAGGGGGAUCAAAUAUUGAGGGACCAGGCUGAUGGGUUAGGGGGAGGAAACUGGGUGUUGAAUGGUUGUGGCUGGUGGAGCUGGGAAGUAGGGGGAGCUGGGUGCUGGGGUAUCGAGAGUUUGAGGAUGAUGGGAUAAGAGGUGAGGAAGAGCCCAGGGAUAGAGAGGUGCUGCCUCUCCUCACUCACCCCUUCUGCCCCCUCUCUCUGUCCCCGCUGCAUUCAGACAGCACCACUGAGAGGGGCUGAUUUCCACAGGCCUUUUGUGGGACACCUGGAGAUCUCACCUCCGCCUGUGUAGCAUCAUUCUUUGAAGUUCUCUCUGUGGUCAGAAAUGUGGUUGGGAUUAGUCAGAGCAUUUCUGUAUCCCUCCACCAGGUUUCCUGGUGUAAACUGUCUGACACUGGCAGAGCAGGUGCCAGUUCAUGCCAGAGCCCUAGAUCAAUUCAUUUGUGUAUUAGGAUAGGAUAGAUCAAUGUGAUUGUUAAAUGUAUAGGUGUGUAUUUGGCGUUUAAACUUCAUGACAACUAA